GCUGGCGGCCCGCGGACUCCCCGGGGACUCGGACGGACGCGGCGCCCUCCGAGCCUUUCGUGCGGCCGAGCCGGUGGCGCUUUGGUUUGGAAGAUGACACACAACGCAGUUGCCUUUGCUCUGGCGGCAGACUAGCGGGCGGAAAAAUAUGACACAAAUUUGAUGUCGGCGUCUGCUUCCCCAAGGUCAAGAAAUUGUCUCCUUAGAAGGCAACAGUACUGUGCACGUUAUGAACUGUGUCUCCUUGGUCAGGGAUAAAGGAAAUGGGAAUAUUGCCGCGACAGCUGGAUUCAUGAUCGGGCAGACGCCACCACCUCCUCCUCCUCUAGCCCCUCCACCUCCACCAUGCCCAUACUCAGGGGAAGGGUUUCCGCCCUCUCUUCCCCCUCCCCCUCCCCCUCCACUGCCUGGAGGGCCUCCGGGCCCCCCUCCCGCCCCAGGACUACCGCCAACCUCUCACCUGAACGGCUACAGCCACCUCGGUAAGAAAAAGCGGAUAAGGAGCUUUUUUUGGAAAACCAUCCCAGAGGAGCAAGUUCGUGGCAAAACCAACAUCUGGACCUUGGCAGCCAGGCAGCAGCAUCACUACCAAAUUGAUACAAAGAGCAUCGAGGAGCUGUUUGGGCAGCAAGAAAAUACCACCAAGUCUUCCCCUCCUGGGAGAGGAGGGCCUUUAAAUCCUUCCUUCAGGGAGGGCAGAGAGGAGAUUACUAUCUUGGAUGCAAAACGGAGCAUGAACAUUGGGAUAUUUCUAAAGCAGUUUAAGAAGUCUCCUCUGUCCGUUGUGGAAGAUAUUCAUCAAGGAAAGAGUGAGCAUUAUGGAUCGGAGACAUUACGUGAAUUUCUUAAGCUUUUGCCAGAGUCAGAGGAGAUAAAGAAACUAAAGGCAUUUAGUGGAGACGUGGCCAAGCUGUCCCUAGCAGACUCCUUUCUGCACUGCUUAAUUCAGGUGCCAAACUAUUCACUGCGGAUUGAAGCCAUGGUGCUAAAGAAAGAAUUUUUGCCCUCUUGUUCUUCUCUAUACACAGAUAUAACCAUUCUAAGAACCGCUACAAAAGAGCUGAUGUCAUGUGAGGAACUACAUUCGAUAUUACACUUGGUGCUGCAAGCAGGGAAUAUCAUGAAUGCAGGAGGGUAUGCUGGCAAUGCAGUAGGAUUUAAACUAUCUUCUUUGCUCAAAUUGGCAGACACAAAAGCAAAUAAACCUGGGAUGAAUCUCCUGCACUUUGUUGCACAGGAAGCCCAGAAGAAAGAUGCCGUGCUUCUAAACUUUUCUGAAAAAUUGCAUCAUGUUCAGGAGGCUGCUAGAUUAUCUCUGGAUAACACAGAAGCAGAGCUGCACUCGCUCUUUGUCAGGACAAGAGCUCUGAAGGAGAACGUCCAGCAUGAUGGCGAGCUCUGUCAGCAGAUGGAAGAUUUCCUUCAGUUUGCCCUGGAAAAGCUGGCAGAGCUGGAGUGCUGGAAGCAAGAGCUCCAGGACGAGGCCCACACCCUCAUCGACUUUUUCUGUGAAGACAAAGACACCGUGAAACUGGACGAGUGCCUUCAGAUAUUCAGAGACUUCUGUGUCAAAUUCAACAAAGCAGUGAAGGACAACCACGACCGCGAGGUGCAGGAGCUCAGGCGGCUGCAGCGGCUGAAGGAGCUGGAGCAGAAACGGCAUUCCUGGGCGGCCGGGGAGCUUGGAUUCGGCCGGAGCAGCAGUGAGAACGACGUGGAGCUGUUGACUAAGAGGGGCGUGGAGGACCUGCCCCCUUUCCUGCGCUCCAGGCCCAUCAUCCUCUCCUACCGGCCCCCCAGCACCCGCCGCUCCCGCCUCUCCCUGGGCGUCGUGGCCGACCGGGAGCUGCUCAGCUUCCUGGAGAGCUCCACUGGCAGCCCUGAGGAGCUCAAGUUCCACAGCUUGCCCCGGAGCUGCCCCCGGCAGGCCCCGGCCGGCGGAGCCCGGACAGAGCCCGGAGAACAGAGGGACCAGGGCUCCAGCCCAGCACACAGACCUCCGGCCUCGGAGGGCCAGGAGGAAGCCCCCCGCCCCACCUCCGCUUGGCCGAGCCAGCUCCCGGCCCCCAGGCCUGAGGAACCCGCCUCCGCCUUACCCCGGGUUCGGCGCAAUGGGGUCAGCAUCCUCCGAAAGAGGAACAGCGAGCCCGUGGGCCUGGGUCCCGCGCGGUCCCCUCCACUCUCGCCGUUGGCUCUAGGGAUUAGGGAGCACGAGCUGGUGACGGGUCUGGCCCAGUUCGACCUCCAGGCUGCCAAGGGCCCGGAGGAGCUGGCCCCGUUGACCGUGAAUGACUUCAGCCCAGUGGCGCUGGCGUCCGUGGGGGAUGAGAGCCCGCAGUCCCUGGGCGCCAGCAACGGCAGCCCGGUGCCCGUGGGCAGAGGUGCCCAGGGGGGUCCCAGCCCGGCCCCAGGGGAUGGCAGCGCUGCCCCGGAUGAGCCCAUCAGCGCGGCUCCGGCAUCUGAGGGCAGCAGCGACCCCGAGAACCAAGAUCCUGGGCCUUUGUUCUACAUCUCGGACACCACCGACUGCUCGCUGACCCUGGACUGCUCGGAGGGAGCCGACUCCAGACCCAAAGCGGGGGACCCGGGGGAGGGGGGCGACGGGGAGGGCUCCGUGUCCUCCAGGGCCGGGGAGACGGGCGGCAGCCAGGUCUCCCCAAACCCCGCCUGCCACCCGCCUGCGGAGACUCCCAUUGCCGCCUCCGCCUCCGGCGGCUCCGUCUCGGGGACGAGCGAGCCGGGCUGCAAGGGGGGCCUGCCCAGGGACAGGCCGGCCAGAGGGAGGGAGGCGAUGGCCCCGAAGAGGAGCCCCCUCAAAGAGGCGUCGGCGGGGGCGUCCAGGGCGGGGCCUGCCCGGCGGGGCGCAGGGGCGGCGGGGCCGGCGGGGCCGGUGCGGACGCUGACGGGCUGGGAGAGCGAGAGCAUGCGCAAGGUCGUGCCCAUCUCGCGCGCCGGCCGCGCCCCCCCAGCCGGCAAGCGCCCCCCUCGCGAGGCCCCCAUCGGCGCUAACCCGCCUGCGCCGCUGUCGCGCCGCAGCUCGGUGCUGGGGCCCCCGAACGCGUCGCCCGGGAGGUCUUCGACGGCGGCCCGGCCCGGGAGGGAGCCCCCAGCGCCGCCCAGGAGCUCCUUCAGGAAGCCCAGCGCCAAGCCCCUGCGCAAUGUCCCGCGGCUGAAGCCCGAGGAGAACAAGAUCUGCCGCUCCGGCUCCCAGGGCCCCGACAGCCCCGAGGAGCCGCCCCGCGCCCCGCCGGCCCCCAGCGCGCCCCGCGGCCCGGCCCCGGUCCCCAGCUUCGCCCGCAGCACGGUCGCCUCCUCGUCUCGGUGCCAGAGGACCGACUCCCCCCCUGUGGCCAGGUCCCCGGGCCUCACCCGGACCGUGUCGCAGCGGCAGCUGAAGGUGAAGGGUGGCCCCGAGGACGCCGCCCCCAAGGACAGCGGCGCCCUGCGGCGGGCCGGCAGCGCCCGCGCCUCCCGGAAGGGGCCCGAGUCGGCCGAGGGCCCCGGAGACAGCGCCCAGGCCCCGCCGAAGGGCCGCGGGGCCGGGGAAAGGGCCUCCCUCCGGCUGAAGGACGCCUGUCGGGGGGCGCUGGGGAAGGGGCUCCAUCCCUUGCGGAAGUGA